AUGGCCGGUAGCCGGGUCAACCAUCACCUUGGCGCCGCAACACGAUGGGUACCUGGACUGGAAAACUUGCAGAAGAGCUGGCUCGGUGACGGUUUGGGGCAGAUCACCAACAAAAAUCGAGUAUUCGUGGUGCCCCUUAGAAGGUUGGGAGGCGACGGAAGAGCCUGGGGAGUUCGCAGACGACCAAUUAAGCUUGAAAAAUCGCACAUUAUUAGUUCCCGGAAUGGCCUUCCCGUUAAACAUUUCCAACACUUUGUAGGAAUCCUCAAAGUUGUGGAAUCGAAUGAAGCAGUAUCCUGCAUUGGCCAGUCCAAGGCUCAUGCUCUGCUUGUCUCUGAUGAGCUUGACAGAAUGGAUGAGGAUUUCGUAAGGAGCAAGGACGCUGGACCAUAUCUGCUUGAUGGUGGUCUCGUCCCAUCUUUGGUCGAGAUCCCCCAUCCAGAUCUGCGGAAUUUGCUGGUUAGCCUGCUGGUUAUUCUGGAACCCUCUUGGCUGACCCGACGACGCAUACGAGGAAUUAGAGGCGGCGUUGGUCCUGGCAGGGUAGUAUGA